CUCCAUUUGCUUUGCUCGUAUGCAGCAGCAGACAUCAAAUGGUCCCAUUGCAUAAUCACAAUCAGGUGUGAGAUCUGUGUUUGCAGAUGCCGAUUGUUUCCGAAUUGUUUCCAUGAAUCAAGUUUCUUCUUGCCGCUUGCCGCUUGCCGCUUGCCGCUUGCCCCCGCGCAGCUUGCGAAUUGAACUAAUAACAAGCGGGCGUACUUUUUCCAAUGGACUGUUUGCAUUUAGGCGCACAAGUGGGAGGACUUUAAGAACACCAUACAGAGCGAGCCCUGCGCGCGCGAGGGCCUUCUGUACGGCGUGGGACUGGGUUUGGCGUGGGCGUCCUGCGGUUCAUACGCACCGGAAAUGCGCUCAACGCCGGCAACUGGGCGGUGCUGGCCUUUGCAGGCGUUGCUGUGGCUGCAAAGAAGCUGUGCCACUUCCAGCAGUCGCACCAGCGCGCCAAGACGCGCACGCUGCUUGAGAUGCAGAGCAAGGUGGCCACGCGCGUAAAGGGCUUCGAGCCGUCGUCGCCAGACGCAGGCUCUUCUGCCCAGGCGGAGCAGCAGCAGCAGCAGGCCAACGGCAGCAGCCAUAGCAAGUGAGCGCUGCAGUGUUGUUGGAUGUUAUCAAUAAAUCAAAUCAAGCAUAUGCGCCCGCU